AUGCUUCCAAUAAACCCCAAGACACUAGUGCUCCUGGGCGCUCUGCUGACUAGACCCCUGAGCCCAGUAGGUGGCCAGGACGCACCCCCGCUGCCUUGGGAAGUGCAGCGAUACGAUGGCUGGUUUAAUAAUCUGAAGUACCACCAGCGCGGCGCUGCUGGCUCCCGGCUGCGUCGCCUAGUACAGGCUAAUUAUGCCGACGGUGUUUAUCAGGCUCUGGAGGAGCCGCUACUGCCCAACCCUCGCCUGCUAAGCAAUGCCGUCGCUAACGGAAGUGCAGGGCUGGCCUCGGUCCACAACCGCACAGUACUGGGGGUCUUCUUUGGCUACCAUGUGCUCUCGGACCUGGUGAAUGUGGAAACACCAGGCUGCCCCGCAGAGUUCCUCAACAUUUACAUGAGGCUGGCGCAGGAGCACCCUCACUGGGGGGAUGAGGAGCUGUUCCAGCAUGCUCGCAAGAGGGUCAUUGCCACCUACCAGAACAUUGCUCUAUACCAAUGGUUGCCCAGCUUCCUGCAGAAAACACCUCCAGAGUAUUCAGGGUACCACCCUUUCAUGGACCCCAGCAUCUCCCCAGAGUUCGUGGUGGCGGCUGAGCAGUUCCUCUCUACCAUGGUGCCCCCUGGGGUCUACAUGAGAAACUCCAACUGCCAUUUCCGGGAAUUCCCGAAGGAAGGUUCUAACAGCUCUCCAGCUCUCAGGGUCUGCAACAGCUACUGGAUCCGGGAGAAUCCCAAUCUGAAGACUGCUCAAGAUGUGGACCAGCUGCUGCUGGGAAUGGCUUCCCAGAUAUCAGAGCUGGAGGACAGGAUAGUGGUUGAAGAUCUGAGAGAUUACUGGCCUGGCCCAGAGAGAUUCUCUCGCACAGACUACGUGGCUAGCAGUAUCCAACGUGGCCGAGAUAUGGGACUGCCCAGUUAUAGCCAGGCUCUGCUGGCCUUGGGACUGGAGCCUCCUAAGAACUGGAGUGCUCUCAACCCCAAAGUAGAAUCCCAGGUACUGGAGGCCACAGCCGCUCUGUAUAACCAGGACCUGUCCAAGUUGGAACUGCUCCUGGGUGGACUCCUGGAGAGCCACGGGGACCCUGGACCUCUGUUCAGCAACAUCAUUCUUGACCAGUUUGUGAGGCUCCGGGAUGGUGAUCGCUACUGGUUUGAGAACACUAGGAAUGGGUUGUUCUCCAAGGAGGAGAUUGCAGAAAUCAGAAACACCACCUUGCGGGAUGUACUGGUUGCUGUCUCCAAUGUGGACCCCAGUGCCUUGCAGCCCAAUGUUUUUUUCUGGCAGGAAGGUGCACCCUGCCCACAGCCUCAGCAACUCACAACUGAAGGCUUGCCCGAGUGUGUGCCCGUUACUGUGAUUGACUACUUUGAGGGCAGUGGUGCUGGCUAUGGUAUCACCCUUGUGGCUGUCUGCUGCUUUCCAUUAGUGAGUCUGAUUGUCGCUGGAGUGGUGGCAAAGUUCCGGAACCGAGAACGCAAGAUGCUACUAAAGAAAGGCAAAGAGAGUUUGAAGAAACAAACAGCCAGUGAUGGAGUACCAGCAAUGGAGUGGCCAGGCCCUAAGGAGAAGAGCUAUCCAGUCACUCUCCAGCUGCUUCCAGACAGGAGUCUGCAGGUCCUUGACAAAUGGUCCACUGUGAUCCGUACCAUCCAGCUGCGGCCCCCACAACAGGUCAACCUCAUCCUGUCCAACAACUGUGGAUGCCGCACCCUGCUGCUCAAGAUCCCCAAGGAGUAUGACCUGGUGCUGAUGUUUAACUCUGAAGAGGACCGGGGUGGCUUUGUGCGGCUUUUGCAAGACCUGUGUAUCUGCGGCACUCCCGGCCUCCACAUAGCUGAGAUGGGCGAGAAGGAGCUAUUGAGAAAGGCUGUGACGAAGCAGCAGCGCGCAGGCAUCUUGGAGAUCUUCUUCAGACAGCUUUUUGCUCAGGUGCUGGACAUCAAUCAGGCUGAUGCAGGGACUCUGCCCCUGGACUCAUCCCAGCAAGUACGAGAGGCUCUGACCUGUGAGCUGAGCAGAGCUGAGUUUGCGGAUUCCCUAGGCCUCAAGCCCAAGGAUAUGUUUGUGGAGUCCAUGUUUUCUCUGGCCGACAAGGAUGGCAAUGGCUACAUAUCCUUCCGGGAGUUCCUGGACAUCCUGGUGGUCUUCAUGAAAGGUUCCCCAGAGGAUAAGUCCCACCUAAUGUUUACCAUGUAUGACCUGGAUGGAAAUGGCUUCCUCUCCAAGGAUGAAUUCUUCACCAUGAUGCGGUCCUUCAUCGAGAUCUCCAAUAACUGCCUGUCCAAGGCCCAGCUGACUGAAGUGGUGGAGUCCAUGUUCCAGGAGUCAGGUUUCCAGGACAAGGAGGAGCUGACCUGGGAGGACUUCCAUUUCAUGCUGCGGGACUACGACAGAGAUCUCCGGUUCACAAAGCUCUGUGUCAAGGGUGGAGCUGGAGGCACUGGGGACAUCUUUAAACAAAGCAGUGCCUGUCGGGUCUCGUUCAUCACCCGGACUCCCGGGAACAGUUCCUGCCCCCCAGAAAUGGCACUCUCUGACAUGGAAACCCCAGAGCUGGGAAGUGCUGGCCUAAAGAGAAGGUUUGGCAAAAAGAUAAUGGGGCCCUCUCCCCGGCUGUACACGGAGGCACUGCAGGAGAAAAUACAGAGGGGCUUCCUGGCCCAGAAGUUCAAGCAGUACAAACGAUUUGUGGAAAACUACCGGCGCCACAUUGUGUGUGUUACAAUCUUCUCAGCCAUCUGCAUAGGCCUGUUUGCAGACCGUGCCUACUACUAUGGCUUUGCCUCACCACCCACGGACAUUGAAGAAACCACCUAUGUGGGCAUCAUCCUGUCCCGGGGCACGGCGGCCAGCGUCUCCUUCAUGUUCUCCUACAUCCUGCUCACCAUGUGCCGCAACCUCAUCACCUUCUUGCGGGAGACCUUCCUCAACCGCUACAUUCCCUUCGAUGCCGCUGUGGACUUCCAUCGCUGGAUUGCUAUGGCUGCAGUUGUCCUAGCUGUUCUACACAGUCUUGGACAUGCAGUCAACGUGUACAUCUUCUCAGUCAGUCCCCUCAGUCUGAUGGCCUGCGUCUUCCCUAACGUCUUUGUGAAUGAUGGGUCCAAGCUUCCCCCAAAGUACUACUGGUGGUUCUUUGAGACAGUUCCAGGUAUGACAGGAGUGCUCCUGCUCCUGGUCCUGGCCAUCAUGUACGUCUUUGCCUCCCACCACUUCCGCCGCCACAGUUUCCGGGGCUUCUGGCUGACCCACCACCUCUAUGUUGUGCUUUAUGCCCUGCUCAUCAUCCACGGCAGCUAUGCCCUCAUCCAAUUACCCAGCUUCCACAUCUACUUCCUGGUCCCUGCAAUUAUUUAUCUGGGGGACAAGCUGGUAAGCCUGAGCCGGAAGAAGGUGGAGAUCAGCGUGGUGAAGGCUGAGCUGCUGCCUUCAGGGGUGACCCACCUGCAGUUCCAGAGGCCCAAGACUUUUGAGUACAAAUCAGGACAGUGGGUGCGAAUCGCCUGCCUGAGUCUGGGUACCAAUGAGUACCACCCAUUCACGCUGACCUCUGCACCCCAUGAGGACACACUCAGCCUGCACAUCCGGGCUGUGGGACCUUGGACCACCCGCCUCAGGGAGAUCUACUCACCCCCAGUGGGUGGCAGCUGUGCCAGAUACCCAAAGCUGUACCUCGAUGGACCUUUUGGAGAGGGCCACCAGGAAUGGCAUAAGUUUGAGGUGUCAGUGCUGGUAGGAGGGGGCAUUGGAGUCACUCCCUUUGCUUCCAUCCUCAAAGACCUGGUCUUCAAAUCGUCCAUGGGCAGCCAGAUGCUCUGUAAGAAGAUCUACUUCAUCUGGGUGACAAGGACUCAGCGGCAGUUUGAGUGGCUGGCUGACAUCAUCCGCGAGGUGGAGGAGAAUGACCGCCAGGACCUGGUGUCUGUGCAUAUCUAUAUUACUCAGCUGGCUGAGAAGUUUGACCUCAGGACCACCAUGCUGUACAUCUGUGAGCGGCACUUCCAGAAAGUGCUGAACAGGAGUUUGUUCACGGGUCUGCGCUCUGUUACCCACUUCGGCCGGCCUCCCUUUGAGCUCUUCUUCAACUCUCUGCAGGAAGUCCAUCCACAGGUUCGUAAGAUUGGAGUCUUCAGCUGUGGUCCUCCAGGGAUGACCAAGAAUGUGGAGAAGUCCUGCCAGCUCAUCAACAGGCAGGACCGGGCCCACUUUGUGCAUCAUUAUGAGAACUUCUGA